UGACUUCCGAUAAAAUGGCAGCCUCCACGUCAAUUUUGCCAGAUUGUCAAAAAAUAGAUUGCAAGUUUUAGCAUAAAAGAAAAAGUAAUUCCUCACACAUUACCACAACUGUAAGAGGAAUAAGAUGUAGAAAAGUGACAAUGGGUCAGCUGCUUCAGCGACUACAAGACACAGGCCUCGUGUUUUCCGAGGAACCGAGUCAAGGACUGAACACUGUUAAGUUUCCUGACCUGUCAAUCCUUCCACCUGAAAUAAGCCUGCUUGUCCUUUCCAAUCUAGACGCCACUGACCUCUGCCUAGCAGCCUGUGUGUGGAGCAAACUUGGCAAUGAUGAAGUCCUUUGGCAAAGCUUGUGCAAGACUUCAUGGGGGUGUGUCAGUAUUUAUCGGCAAGCACGGAAGGACGGUACUUUCUCCUAUAGGAAGCUCUAUCUGGUUCUAGAUGAGGCAUCCCUAACAUUUAAUGCUGAUCCAUUUGACGGAGUUGACUACCUGAUCAGAUGUGGAUUAGUUGAAGAUUGUCCAAUGGAAAUUGCCAAAUUCCUACACACAACAAAGAAAAUCAAACCAAGUCCAAAAAGGGCAUUUCUUGAGAAAAGGCCAGAUGUGCUGGACUGUGUAAUGCAGAUACAGAACUUUGGCAACCAGUUUCUUCCCAACGCAAUGCGGAAGCUAUUUCAGCACAUAUCAGCCCCAAGUGAGAGAGGCAGCUACCUUGAACAAAUCAUUGAUAGAUUUGCAGGGAGAUUCUGCUCCUGUAACCCUCAUUUAGGCCUUGAGAAAGAUGCAGUUUACGUGCUGUGUUUCUCCCUGAUCAUGUUGUCCGUUGAUCUCACGAGCCCACAUGUUAAAAACAAGAUGUCGAAACGGGAAUUCAUCAAGAACACCCGCAGGGCCGCCUCGGGAGUGAGCGAGGAUUUGGUCGGAGAUCUGUAUGACAAUGUGUACCUGGUUGGCCACGUGGCAGCAUCUUAAAAUGUUUACUACUAUACUCAACAUAUCUAAUUACGUAUCACUGAAGAAAAAAACUGUAGAUUUUUUUAUAGAGAAUAAAUGGCUUCUGGGGAGGAUGCUGUUAUAUAAAUUGAGGAAAUCUUUUAAUCAUUUAAGAACUAGAGUGCACCUAGGAACCUGAAUGGAAACAAGAUGUUUUGAUAAGUGACCCGUAAUUUAUUUUGAGUGAAGUACUGUCAUUCCAGCGACGACAGAGUCAUCGUACUUAGUAUGUCUUUAUUUUAUGUCUUAAAGAACCGUUUUACCUUUACCCCUACAAGUCCUGGACGGUAUUCAUAAAACAUCUUAAGUCAUUUCUUAAUGUUCGUCGAUUUCUUAAAAUGUUCAUAGUCAAAUAAAAAAAUAAAUAAGUGAUUUUAAAAUAAAAAAGUGAUUUUAAAAUAAAACGAUUUGUAUUCAAUACAAUAACAUUAAUGAAAAUAAGUAUUUAGUUGUUUUCAAAUGACCAGUGGGAUACUUAACAUAGGAACAUGACUUAAGUUAGGAAAUGACUUAAGAUGUUAAUGAAUACCAGUCCAGUAUUCAAUGUACAAAUUGGAUGAAACAUAUUCCCCAACUUGUGUUUCUCCAUGUUUAACGUGGGUGAAACAUGUGGUAGUGAACUCUUUGCCUGUAAUACUAAUGUAUGUAUUACAGCACAUUUAAAGUAAAUGGUUGUUACUAAAAGAAACUGUUGUAGUGUUGCUCUUUUAAACUGCUAUGACCUCCAGUGUUUUGUUUGAUUAUUCAUGGAUAAUCUGUGUUUAAGAAAUCAAUAGUUAUUGUACCAUUGUUAAUUUUUUGAUUGUUUACAUAAUAUUUAUUCUUUGUAGUAUUAUUGUCUUCACAAAUAUAGAAUAACACACAGUCAGAUAUAUUUUUCAAUUCAAAGUAAAUAUUGUUUUCUGUGUAACAUUUUAACUGAUAUGUGUGUUGCGAAAAACUGCUUAUAAGUACCAUAUUUAUUGUGUGUCAUCCGUGUCUAUGAACAAUCUAUUAAAGUCUGUUGUAAAGUCUUAAGUGACUGAACCAAGUCGAAGAAAUAAGUAAAGGAAUGUCACAGUGUUCAUAGAUACAUGUACCAUGUGGUUUUACGUCAUAGGUAAACAGAGUGUUGAGGGAUAUUUCAGACAUUUUUAGCCAAACAUGAGUGUAUUUCACUUUUAUUUAUUUCCUGAGAAUGACGAAUGCUUCCAUACCAAGGAAAACCGCAUAAAGAUUAGGUAUUUGGACCCAUAACCUAUUGAAAACUAUUUGGUAACUUAAGUGAAAAAGAGGGCCAAGCAAAAAUGUUCUGUGUUUGUCAAACAUUCAUGCUUUAAAUAGUGAAUAAUCUUUAGUUUGAGCGUGCCUACGUACAUGUACACUUACACUCUAUUAAAUAAUUCUUUAAUUACUUUUAUUGUAUUGCACAGCUUUUGGGGAAAGAAAUUAAUGCAAAUUGAUAUUGUCCCGCUGAAGAUGACCAUAAUACACAUCAUUAAUCUGUUUGCAUGUAGUGAGUUUUAACCACAUGGUAUGAACACUCGAUUGCAUCAGCGUCGGACUGUAUGUGCCAUAAUUAUUAAGUGGGUUGACAACAGUAACUACAACUCACUUUGUAUGUUGACGUAUUAAUAAUAUCUGUCAUGUGUUCCCGUUCCGGAUAGAAAAAUCCGACUCGAGGGCACCUGCGUUGCCAGGUAACGAGGCUUGCCGAGUUACCGGCUACGCAGCGUGCCCGAGGGUCGGAUUUUUCUAUCCGGAACGGACACACAUGAUAGAUAUUUUUUCUAGCAUACCUUAAGUAACAUUUUUUGUGAAAAAAAUACGACAUCAUGACGCGCAGUAAUUUGUAUUCACUGCAUACGUCAAUAUGUUCCUUCGCUAUCAAAAAAAAAGGGUUAUUUUGUUUUGUUUUUAAGGAAUAUUUUUGUAAAGUUGUUAAUGGGACUCAUCUAUUGAAAUCGCAUAACUGUGGUUACAUUUAGUGUUUAAUAAUAGAAAUUGAAAGUAUUACGUCACAGCGCGUGACUCAUCUGGCAUGGGGGGAUGCCAGAUGGAGUUUUCCAGCACGGCUGAAAUCACCGGAAAUGCCUAUCCGGUGUGCAAGAAUAAAACUUAUGGGAAACUCGAGCAAUACAUGAAGAUAUAUGAAAGAGAUUUGGCAAAUGAUUUAUAAAUUCUACUUGAUUUUCUGUUUAUAAUUAUAGCUACCCAAGACCAUAUGCAUAUAGAUUUUACACAUAUACCUGGUAGAUAUUUUUUGCAACCACCUUAAUACUGCUUGUUUUGGCCAGUAACACAUUAUAUUGAGUGAGAAUGAAGGAAAAAUUGAUCAAGACCUCUCAGGAUGUUAAUGCCUUUUCUUUACACAAAUGAGAAAAUGUUUGAUAAAAGACAAGGGCAAACUUAAUGUUUGAUAUUCAGAUGCAUGUAUGUUAUGAUACUUUAUUUGUUUUAUCUGUCAUUUGUUCUGCAUAAGUCAUACUUUUUUAGAAAUGUAACCUGGCCCAAAUAUCAGAAAAAUACUCUAGUCAAAUCUCAAUCUCAACUCUGCAUAAAAGCAUAGUAUGAUUCAAAUUCUUGUAUGGUUUUACUCUUUUUAAAAGAGUAUUUUCUGUUAGAAUGUUUUAAAAAGUCAUGUUGUCAAAAGUUCAAAGAAAACUACUUCUAAAGCAAAAGAUUUAACUGAGUAAUUGUUAACCAAAAAAAGAGUUGAACUCAAUUACAUUUUUGGCUGUAGAAUUUUUCUUAAUUAAGUUUUUAAUCAACAUAUUCAAUGAGAGUGGUCAUUUAAAAAGAGUAAAACACAUAUACGAUUUAGAAUAACGUGUUAUGUGACAUAAGCAGUUGAGAUUUGACUUCGUAUUUCUGUGAUAUUGGGGCCUAAGCUAUUUAAAGCAAUUUUGAUACACACUUAACAAUUGUUAAACAGUAUUUCGUCUCAUGAUUUUCAUUGACUUAAUAUAUCUAUGAAUGUUGUUAUACAAUACAGUUUGAUAAUCAGAAAGGCAUUAAGAUGGUGCAUAUUUACUCUUGAAAUAGGAAGUUUUUUUUUCCAUUUAAUUUGUAUACUUUGAUUGUUAAUAAGGCCAUUCCAAAUUGAAUCUACGUUUAUCAGCUAUCCAUUCUAAUAACUCCAUACCUGGCAACGUAUUAGCACCAUAGAAACAAGAAAUAUUUUAACAAAUGUUAAUGACAUUAGAUUUUUCCUAUGAAAACCAAAAUAAAUAAAAUGACAAUAUCCUUACAGAUCCAUACAAGUAGAAAUUGGACUUCAGCCGAUAUAUGAUAAAUUUCUUAUCUUAUAGCAUUUCUACUUUUAUUAUUUAUAAGCUCUAGUACAUCAUUUUUUAUUCUUAUUUAUGAUUUUGGUACAUGUUGUCCUUGUUCAUUCUAUAAGCUGAAAACACACCUGAGGCUGCCCGAUUAUGAUCUAAACUUUUUUUUUUACCUUUUCUUUGAACAUUUUUCAAUAAAUACAAUACAUAAAGACAAAUGGGUUAGAUACAAGUCUGUACAACAUAAGCCUCGUCUUCCCAAAGUCUACUCGCUGCGACUGGAUGGCCUUAACACACAGAAUCAAUUUGGAAUGGCCUAAUAUUUAAUGACGAAGGUGUAAGACAAAAAUACAAAGCAGGUAGCAUGAUGUUUGAGCUCAGUAACUGAUUAAACCUGCUUGUUGUUAAGAAAUGUUGUAGAAUCUUGAAUCUUUGUUUUAGAUAUAGAUUUCAGACUUGUUACAGAUAUAUUUUUAGUAAUUAAAGUAUUGGCAAGUUCCAUAAUAAAGGUAAAGUAUAUUUUUUUUUUUAUAUGAAACUAAAUGUGCUGUAAUUUGGUACACAUUUAUUAGUUUAAAACUAAAUGCAUUAUCACAAACACUCAAACAAUUAACAGGGAUGUGACCAUUUCAGUGAGGGUUCUGGGUGCAAAGCAAGGCUCCCCCUCCCCCUAAGCUGCAGAAGCAAAACAGGCUGUUUAGAAGCCUUAAUGAAGGCUCUCCUGGCUUCAAAUUUGAACCAAACUGAAUCAUCAGUUCUAACAACAAAUAAGUAACAACCCUGAUUAUUAAAAAGGAAAAUAUUUAUUUUUAAUGUAACAUAUUUUUGGUCCCAGGAGCCUUCAGGUCCGCAGAAAUCUUACAAAGCACAUCCCUGAUUAAGAUACCAUGGACUUUAGUUAUACUAUCAACUUCAAGUCAAGUUCAAUCAUAUAUAUAUAACAAUGAAGCAUUGUCAAUUACUCAAUUCCCUGAUGUGGUAUAGUUAACAAGAAGGAUCAUAUCAUUAUAUGUACUUUUUGAAAGCAGUUAAUUUACAUAUGAGCUGUGUGUAGUUUUUAUUUAUUGUUUAUGUUUUACAAUUAUUAUCAAAUGCUUUUUACAUAGGUUGUGUUUUGUAUUUUGACAUUAAAACUAAAAAAACCCAG